AUGAGUCUGACCAGAAAGGCUCCCAGUGCCUACGGAGGCGGCUACAGUGACGCUCUCAGAGAGCGGAUCAACAACACCAUCAUCCCAGAGAAAGUCAAAUGUGCCAGCUGCAAGAAGUACCGUACUGUGGCCUCUUACUCCAAGCGCCAGCAGGAAAUCAUUCGCCAUGCCAUCGUGCUUCAGGGCAAGCGAGCCGCUGACGGUGGAUGCGAGGCCCGCUGCCGCCAAUGCAUUGGUGGAUGCAUCGUCGAGCUCAAAUGUUCCAUCUGCGACAAGACCAAGACUCUGGAGCAUUUUGCGAAGAACCAGCGUGGAGAUCGUGACACCGCGAGAUGCCUGAACUGUGUUCAGAACGCCCUGGAGGUGGAUCCGAUGCCAGAAAGACAGCGGCAGUUCUCAGGCAACCUUACGGUUACGGCCAGCGGCACUUCAACCAGCCAGGGUGGAGUUACUGCUUUGACCCAAUCCGCCCAGAAAAUGAACAUCGCUGACAACCGCUCCUUCGAUGACGGUGCCGAUGACGAGAAUGCUGGCGGCGAGGACGGGGCCCGCAAGAACGAGGGCGCUCUGGUCACCACCAAGAACGAUCGCGAGUUCGCGGGACACGGCCCUGAUGGCCAAGUGUUUCAGGUUGCCACUCCGGACAAGAAAGUUCCGGAGACUCGUUAUGAAGAUUAUUUCAACAACGAGCCUGAGAAACUCCAGCCCGACAAACCCGACGGCAAAUGGGCCAAGAUCCCUGGCAGACGCAUUCCUAAGGGCAAGGAGCCUUCCAUGCGUGUUCCUGAGCCUAACGACGAUAUUGUUCCCUCGGACGAGGAUGAGGACGAAGAAGAUCUCGAGAACUGGCUGUAAGCGGGCCACGCGCCGGUACACAGGUG